GUCCGACACAGCAACAGUGACAACCAUGCAUUUAACGAGUUUAUAAAAAUGAAAAUAGAAUUUCACAUGUGAUAUUUCGUAAUCACCGUACCAUUCUUUCACUCUACUCCACAUCGUGUCGACUCGAAUCGAACCAAUAAAAACCGCUCAACACGCCACACUCUUUCAACAGCUUACAGAGAACGCAACCCACCUUUCCAAUUUCCUCCUCCGAUGAAAGAAUCGAAUUCCCAUCAAAACAACGCCGUUCACGCCAACAAACCCACGGCGGCGGCCAUCCCUCCCUACAUGAAGGCGAUGUCAGGUUCAUUAGGCGGGAUUAUGGAGGCGUGUUGUUUACAGCCGAUUGACGUUAUAAAGACUCGGUUACAGCUGGAUACAAGCGGGACUUACAAGGGAAUUAUCCACUGCGGUACCACCGUUGCGAACACGGAAGGAGUGAGGGCUUUGUGGAAGGGGUUAACGCCGUUUGCGACUCACUUAACGUUGAAAUAUUCGCUGAGAAUGGGGUCUAACGCCAUGCUUCAAUCUGCGUUUAAGGAUUCUGAAACGGGGAAGCUUAGUAAUCGGGACAGAGUUUUGUCUGGGUUUGGUGCCGGUGUUCUUGAAGCUCUUGCUAUUGUUACUCCUUUUGAGGUAGUGAAAAUUAGACUUCAGCAGCAGAAAGGCCUGAGUCCUGAGCUUUUGAAGUACAAAGGUCCCAUACAUUGUGCUCGUACGAUUGUCCGUCAAGAAGGCGUCCUUGGGCUUUGGGCAGGUGCUGCUCCAACUGUUAUGCGAAAUGGGACAAACCAGGCAGCCAUGUUUACUGCAAAAAAUGCUUUUGACGUCUUAUUGUGGAAAAAACAUGAAGGUGAUGGCAGAGUCCUCCAUCCUUGGCAGUCUAUGAUAUCAGGAUUUCUUGCGGGAACAGCAGGGCCAGUGUGCACUGGCCCAUUUGAUGUGGUCAAAACAAGGUUGAUGGCUCAGAGUCGAGAGGGAGGUACUUUAAAGUACAAAGGCAUGAUCCACGCGAUCAGAACAAUAUAUGCCGAGGAAGGGCUUCGUGCCUUGUGGAAGGGACUGCUGCCACGGCUCAUGAGAAUUCCUCCUGGCCAGGCUAUAAUGUGGGCCGUGGCUGACCAAUUUAUCGGUCUGUAUGAGAGGAGACUUCUAAACAAUGCUCCAGUAUAGAUUUGCUUAUAAAAUUUUGCUCUUUUUGGUCUCAAAGCUUGGCUAGGCAAUUUUGUCAUAUGUGACCACCUAGAUAGCUUUACAAGAGAAGAUAUCCGCAUAGGGCACACCCUUGUAGGUUUUGCUUACAUUGUUUUACUUGUCCACCCUUGUAGGCAUUGUUUAUAUUGUUAUGUUUCUUCUUUCAUAUUCAAUGCAUGCAUAUUUAUUCAAAAUUUUAUUGAAAAAUGAGAUGGACAAUGAUAUUCACUGAUGUAUACAUCCCUUUUGUAGAGGAACAAAAGGUAAAACAAAGUAAUAUGAAAACAUCCUGCAAUUUGAUA